GCCUAGGUAUAAAGAAGGUAUACAGUCCGUAAAAAAUGUGCAAUUUGAUUUUCAUCUUGAUUUUCAUGCACAUCCCAAAUAUUUUUUGCCUGUGCUUGACGAAAAAACAUUGUCUCCACUCUCCUCAGCCAUCGCUCACGGCUCAUUGCUGAUUGCUGUCAAUCUGACACAUCAAUAUUGAUUCAGAAAUCAGAAUUUCAGUUUCUGGGAUUAGUAUUAUUACAAAUAAUCGAGAUGUUAAAUAUUCCUGAACAAUAGUGCACUGCGCAUUUGAACUGUUUAUCGAAUAUAAUAUAUUCGCAAUUCCGUUUUUGUAACAAUAACUAUGAAUAUAGAAAGCAAUAGGCUGAAUACUUUUACAAACUGGCCCGCUUCAGCUCCAGUUGAUCCUAUACGAAUUGCACGAGCUGGGUUUUUUUAUACAGGAAACGGUUGCGAAGUUGAAUGUUUCAGUUGUAGAGGAAAGAUAUCGGAGUGGAAUUAUGGUGACCAAGUUAUGUGGCGACAUCGUUUGCUAUCACCUAACUGCUCAUUUGUUUUGACACCCCAAUUAUCUGGAAAUAUUCCUUCGGUGCCUAAUCAAGGCUGUGUUCCUGUGAAUGAUGCGCCCAAUGUUGCAUCUGAAAGCGUUGACGAACAGUCAUAUGUCCCAGAGGAGUAUGGAGUUACAGCCGAAGACCAAAUGUAUAGAAGUGAUGCACUGAGAUUACUUUCCUAUGUGAACAAUUGGAAUGACAGUUCAAUUUCCCGAGAAGCAUUAGUAAAUGCUGGGUUUUACCAUGCAGGCGGAGGACGAUUGAGAUGUGCAUGGUGUGGUGGAGAACUUGCUCCAUUUAGAAACUUGGGUUCUUUAGGAUCCCCUUUGGAAAUUCAUAGAAGGUACUUCCCGAAUUGUGAAUUUGCUAUACAAGUGGAGAGGCGAGAUAAUGAAAGGACUAGUCCGUUAUCGCCCAGUUAUGAGUCGUCGUAUUCUCCGCCGCCAACAAGCGAAGCUGCGCCACAAACUGAAUCUUCCAGAAAUGGUGGACAGAAUGAACAAGUGGUCGCGGCCGGUAGUGCAUGGCGAGAGUUGGGCGUGGUUAGUGGGGGUGCGAGACAUCCCACUAAGGCCUCUCUACCGGCGAGACUCGCUACGUUUGAUAGAUGGCCGUAUGAUAGACCGCAGGCGCCGCAGUCGCUUGCUGAAGCGGGGUUCUUUUAUACGGGCGUUGAGGAUCAGGUGCGCUGUUUCUACUGCGACGGCGGUCUCGGCAAGUGGGAGGCGGGCGACGUGCCGUGGCGGGAGCACGCGCGCUGGUUCCCGCAGUGCGGCUACGUGCUGCUGCUCAAGGGACAGCACUUCGUCGACGAGGCGCAGCGACCUGAAACGCAACUGGGACAGAAGAUGCUCACGUCGGAUCGAAAUUCUAGAGUUAGAAAUUCGUCUAAUUGUUAUCCAGUUACAGAAGCCCAGAUAGAAGCAGCAAUGGAGAGUGAAGCGGCGGUGGCGGCGUUGGGCGCGGGGCUCGACGUGGCGCGCGUGCGGAGGGCCAUCCUGCGCAGACUGCGCUCUACCGGUGUUCCAUACCCCACAUCGGAUGGGUUAAUAGAUGCCAUAUUGGACGAGCAGCUAGACGAAGAGCCGUGGAGCAUGUCUCCGCGCAGUCACCGGUACGCGAGGGACAUACUUACUGAAACGCUUAGGAUAUUCGAAAAUACCGCUGGAGUAUUCAUGUUGCCAAGUGAAAACGCGGACAAUAGAAUAUCCAGCUCGGAUAGCCAAUCUUCAUCACCAAUGCCGCCCGAAGCAACCGGGCAAAGUGUUCAAGUGUACAACGCUUUGGUGAAAUCUGACAAGAGACCGGAGAAGUCGAAGACUCCCGUACCAGUAGAGAAGAAAGAGUUGACGCUAGAAGAAGAGAAUAGACAGUUGAAAGAGGCCAGGCUGUGCAAAGUGUGUAUGGAUAGUGAGGUGAGCAUGGUGUUCCUGCCGUGCGGGCACCUGGUGUCGUGCGCGGCGUGCAGCGCGGCGCUGGCGGCGUGCCCGCUGUGCCGCGCCGCCGUCAAGGCGCUCGUGCGCGCCUACUUCGCGUGAUGUUCUACAGGGGAGCGGGAAAUUACGUCGCGUUGCAGUCAACAGCUACAAAGUGAUAACAUCAUCUACCUUCCUAUGAUAAAUAAUUAAUAUAUUAUAAAAUAACGAAUACUUACAAAUAUGGUAUACGGAAGUAUGCUUUAGGCCUUAACACUAUUAUAAUUUCAAUGACACACAGUUACUUUCAAAUUAAUAUAAUAAUGGCAU